AUGCAGCAAGCCGCUGAUUCCCUGCUACCUUGCCUGUUCAAGCCCAUUCGCGCUCGCGUUUUCAAAUCAUUUCUACAGCUGAUAGCUCCCCACUAUGUCUUGCAGAAAGCGUGGGCACAGGGGGGAAGAAAACAGAUUCCUCUCCGUUGGGCGGCCGAAUCUUCACUCGACACCCAUCCUAUCACCUCGCCCCAUUGUGUUUACGAUUAUGGCCUGGUAAUCUGGCGUAUUUCGACAUCGGUCAAACCUAAGGACAUGGAAGGGUAUGAAACUAUGCUGAAGCCAGAAAACGUGGGAUUUCAAUACAAGGGACUGGGAAAUUUUGGGGCCAUUAUCUAUAUUCAAGAUAUCGAUAAUUCAGGUCUGGCCGAGAAUGCUCCUGUAUCUAUAUUACGAGAUAUGUUGGAAAACCCGGAGUUUGUUUGGUUUAAAGAUCCUCGGGACGUAGCCAAGCUCAAGGAGGCUCUGGAUGAACUGUUAAAGGAGGGAGCCACUGGACAUGUUGAAGCAAUGAUUGAAUUAUCGAUCUUGGAAGAAGCUCAAGGAGUUUCUUUGGAUGCUGAUGUUAUGGAAUCUUUUCAUGAUUUUUAA